AUGGCUGCCCCAGGGCUCAGCCACUCCUGGCCGGCCUUCCCGAAGCUGUGGCUGAAGCGGCGGGCCUUCAAGAGAGGCUCUGAGUCCAAGCCAUGUGUCCAGUCUUUUGACACUGGGGCUGCAGACUUGACCACCAGCAGCAGCCGUGGAUCCUGGAGGCCUGGGCACCUGGACUUCUUCUCCACCAUGGGGGACAAGCAGGAGGACGCCGUUCCUGGGCCGCUCAGGGACGGCACAGAGGACCUCAGCCUGGACUGGGGGGCCCUUCAGGGCAGCCAGUAUCUCCAGGACCUGGGCCUCGAGGCCCCUGCCCACGGCCAGACGGGAGUGGCCAGGGCCAGGGACCCGCCCAGCGGAGCAGCAGGAAGCGGGUCAGCCCCCUCCGGUUCCGCGGGCCCCCGGGGCCGGCCGCGGAGGUGCAGCUGGGCAAGGCCCCGCAGCUGCUCGGACAGCUGGCAGAGGUGCAGCCUCGACGCCUCGGCGGUGAGUGAGGGGCCAUGUCUCCCACGGACGCUGGCUACCCUUGCUCUGAACCUUCCUGGGGAGAGUCCGCAGGCCUGGACCAAGGAGCAUCUCUCUGGGGGCGGGACCCCAGCAGAGCACCCAGGCCAGAAAGGUGCCGGCCUGGAGGAGAGGGUGAGGUCGCAGUCAGUGCCCGUGACCUUGGAUGAGAUCAGCGCCCUGGAACGCUCUCGGGCUUCGGAGGUGCCCGCUCGAGCCGCCCAAGGCCUGGAGCCGCCGGGGCCGGAGCGUGUGGAGAAGGACCGCGUGGAGCCAGAUCACCUGCUGAUGGUGCAGCAGGUGCUGCAAGAACUCCGCCAGUACCACGGGGCUCAGCAGAGGGCUCACCUGUCCGUCAGCCCCAGAGAAGCCCCCUCCAACCUCACCUGGUUUGAGUUCCUGUCCGAGAGCGAGGACGGAGCCAUCAGCAUCGAGCGGAGUGACAGGGGCACCACCAGGGUGAAGGGCAGACUCAGCUCCCUGCGCAGUCGAGUCACCAGGCACAAGGACAAGGGGAGAAGCCAGGGCCCUCUGAAGGACAAGGAUCAGGAUGCGCGAGAGAGAAGGGAGCGUGUCGACGGCCACCAGCUGUCCCGAGGAGCCUCCUCUGGCCACUCCGCCUGCCCCCCGUGCAGCCCUCCCGCGCUCAGCCCCGCGUCCGUGAAGGAGCCCCCGAGGCCCACCCCCCUGUCCGACGGCAGCCUGGCCCUCUCCAGGAAUGCCGGCAUGACGGUCUCGCAGAAGGGGGGCCCACAGCCAGCACCCAGCCAAGCGGGAGCAGGGGCGAGGCUCGGACCAGUCAUAGGAGAGAUGGAUGAAGCCGACUCUGUAUUUUUGAAAUUUAAGCAGACAGCUGACGACUCCCUUUCACUUACAUCCUCGAACGCCGAGUCCAUUUUUGUAGAAGACUCCUACCUGGCCUCACUGCGGAGUGAGAUCGAAUCAGACGCCCAUGAGUUCGAGGCCGAGUCCUGGAGCCUGUCUGUGGACCCGGCGUACGCAAAGGAACAAAAGAAGGAGGUGGUGAAGAGACAGGAUGUGAUUUAUGAGCUGAUACAGACGGAGGUGCACCACGUGCGGACGCUCAAGAUCAUGCUCAAGGUCUACUCCAGGGCCCUGCAGGAGGAGCUGCAGUUCAGCAGCAAGGCCAUCGGCCGCCUCUUCUCGUGUGCAGACGACCUGCUCGAGGUGCAUGGCCACUUCCUCUCUCGACUGAAGGAACGCCGCCAGGAGUCCCUGGAAGAGGGCAGCGACCGGAAUUACAUCAUCCAGGAAAUCGGGGACCUCCUGGUCCAGCAGUUUUCAGGUGAAAAUGGAGAGAGGAUGAAAAAGAAAUAUGGUGUCUUCUGUAGUGGACACAACGAAGCGGUCAGUCAUUACAAGUUGCUGCUGCAGCAAAAUAAGAAGUUUCAAAACUUGAUCAAGAAACUCGGCAGCUCCUCCAUCGUGAGGCGCCUGGGCAUACAGGAAUGCAUUCUUCUGGUCACUCAGCGCAUAACCAAGUACCCCGUGCUGGUGGAGCGCAUCAUCCAGAACACGGAAGCUGGCUCCAAGGACCACGAAGACCUGACCCAGGCCCUGAACCUCAUCAGAGACAUUAUCUCCCAAGUGGACACCCAGGUCAGCGAGUGCGAGAAAGGCCAGCGCCUCAGAGAGAUCGCAGGGAGGAUGGACCUGAAGUCCUCCAGCAAGCUCAAGAACGGGCUGCCCUUCCGCAAGGAGGACAUGCUGCAGCGGCAGCUGCACCUGGAGGGCCCGCUGGCCUGGAAGACCGCGGCGGGGCGCCUGAAAGAUGUCCUUGCCGUCCUGUUGACCGAUGUGCUGUUGCUGCUGCAAGAAAAGGACCAGAAGUACGUCUUUGCUUCUGUGGACUCGAAGCGCCCCGUCAUCUCGCUACAAAAGCUCAUUGUGAGGGAAGUAGCCAACGAGGAAAAGGCCAUGUUCCUGAUCAGCGCCUCCCUGCAAGGGCCUGAGAUGUAUGAGAUUUACACCAGCUCCAAGGAGGAGAGAAACGCCUGGAUGGCGCACAUCCGAAGGGCCGUGGAGAGCUGCCCGGUGGAGGAGGAAGGGCCCUUCAUCGAGACUGAAGAGGAGAGGAAGGUGGUGGAGGCCCGCGCCCUGAGGCUGAGGGACUUCCAAGAACGACUGAGACUGAAGGACCAGCAGAUUGCACAGAGCCUGCGAGAGAAGCAACAGAUCUUCCUGGAGAUGGCCGAGAUGAGCGGACUGGAUGACCAGGCUCAGCCUCGCCUCCUCUUCCGGGGAGGGGACCUCCCCGAGAACCUGCAGGGCGAGGUGAUCCUCAAGUCCGCCAUGACCGAGAUUGAGGACAUCCAGAGCCUCAUCUGCCGGCGGCUGGGCGGCUCCCGUGGCCUGGCAGAAGAUGGGGGUGCCUCUGCGGGCCUGCACCAGAGGGCAGAGGCCUUUGGAGGCUCCGACCGCACCAGUGACCCUGGCAAGAGUGACAGUUUCAGGAAGAAGGUGUGUGGCAGCGACCUCAGCCCAGGAGACUGGCAAGACCCUGUAAGCAGUCCAGACGUGAAGCUUGGCGACCCCCCUGGCGCCUCCGAGGAAGCACCGUGGACGGUGGAGGCACCGGGCACGGAGUCUGGCCCCCGUCUGCCCGUUGUCCUGGAGCUGGAGCUUGUCCAGCGAAUCCAGACGCUGUCCCAGCUGCUCCUGAGCCUCCAGGCGGCCAUCACCCAGCAGGACAGCUACGUGGAGACGCAGAGGGCCUCCAUCCAGGAGCGCGAGAAGCAGUUCCGGCUGCAGUCGACGCGUGGGAACCUGCUGCUGCUGGAGCAGGAGCGGCAGCGCGACUUCGAGAAGCAGCGCGAGGAGCUGGCGGGCGAGCGCGCCGAGCUGGAGCGGCAGCGCCGGGCCUACCAGCACGACCUGGAGCGGCUCCGGGAGGCCCAGCGCGCGGUGGAGCGCGAGCGCGAGCGGCUGGAGCUGCUGCAGAGGCUCAAGAGGCAGAGCACGGCGCCCGGGGCGCUGCCGCCCGAGCCACCCUCAGAGGCCCAGCCCCCAAGCCACCCCGCCAGCUUCAACGGGGAGGGGCUGGAAGGCCCCGAGCGCCCCGAGGUGGCUCGCCGGGACAGCGCCCUCGCCGAGAGCCGGCCAGCCAGGAGCGACGUGCCUAUCCAGCUGCUCAGCACCACCAACCAGACCCAGAGGCAGGCGGCCGUGCAGCAGCAGAUCCCCACCAAGCUGGCGGCCUUCACCAAGGGCGGCAAGGACAAGGGCGGCAAGAGCAGGGGCUCCCAGCGCAGUGAGAGUUCCGCCUCGUUCGACCUGAAGCAGCAGCAGCUUUUCUGCAAACUCACGGGCAAGGAGGAGCACGCCCCUCGGAGCCACAGCUCCCUGAGCCCCAUCCGGCGCAGCAGCCACAGAUCCGCAUCCCCCCAAGACUUCUUCGCCCAGGCGCCCAGCCCAGCCGCGGAGGACACGUCCCCCGAGGGCACCCCCUUCCUGCCCGCGCCGCAGCCCCUCACCCCCCUCAACAAGGAAGAAGCGAGCAGAGAAGACGUCAUCUUCUUCUAG